AUUGCCUCCAGGGCAUAUUUCCAAUAGGUGGGAGGUAGGUGGCCGCCUGCCAUGCGUCCCCGACGCAGACAAAAGGAGGGCUCGAGCGCGUCCGCUCGUUGUCCGCUAGGACCCAAACCGGACGCAUGUUUAUGCCGGAAAUGGAUCGGUCCGGACACAAAACGGAGGAGAUGCGUCCAGGACGACGCGCGCUGGGCCGUGAGAUUUGUCCAUUUCUCCCCAAAUGGACAGGAUGGGACCGGAUGCGGUCGUGCGCUGGAGUUGGCCUUAGCAUCUUCACAUGCAUGUACCUCUGAGACACAGCUGAAAAUGUUAUCUAUGUAGUACACAAAAAAAAAUCAUAUCCAGAGGACUUUGCAAUCCUACAUCUCUUGCUCUUAUUUCUCAUCUCUUUUUAUACUGUCUCUCACAUAGAAAGAACAAUGUGGAGCGUGUUAUUAUUUCUCAUCUCUUUUGCCUUUUUCUACCCGUGAGAAUCCUCUGUUUUCCUGCCUUCCUCCUCCCUCUCCUCUGCCGCUACCACAGUAAAGAGUAAAGAGCAGCGAUACAUGCGUGCAUGCAUGCCCGACGAGUGCAGAAAUAAAUGACCCUGAUUUCCCCCAUUGUCCGGUCCUCUCCUCCCACUGACCAUGACCGCGACGCAGCGAUUUGUAAUGUUGCUCCUCGAGCCAUUGCCCCUUGUUGCAGUCCUCUUGGACCUCUGCCCUUUGUUCCUCUCUGCUUGUCUUGUUUCCUUCUCUUCCCUUCCCUUUCCUUCUCUGCUCCGACUCCACCACCACCCCCGUCUGUCUAUUUAAGGCUGCCGCCAUGGUUUCUUAAUUGCAUUUCUCCUUUGCGCCACGCAGCCACCCAAAAACCUCCGAGAGCCGCCGUAUAAAUCCAUCACCCGCGUCGUCCACCACGCCACCGCCGGCCUACAGAGAGAUAGGCACGCACGCACGGAAAAGAAGCAACCUUGAACAACCUUUGCGGGUUGCGGGAUCGGCGAGAAGAGCAGAGCAGAAGCAGAGGCGGCAGCGCUGGCGAGGCUGAUGAUCCACCAGGACGAAGGCUCCUCCUCGUCGGUGACUUCCUCCCCGCUCCAGAACUUCUCCAACAUGCCGCUCCACCCGCACCCCGGCGCUAACGGAGCGGGCGCUGGCGCCACGCCGCCCUGGAUGCUCCGGGAGCUCCGCUCCGACGAGCGCGGCCUCUGCCUCAUCCACCUCCUGCUCAACUGCGCCGCCGCCGCGGCCUCCGGCCGGCUCGACGCCGCCAACGCCGCGCUCGAGCACAUCGCGACCCUUGCCGCGCCCGACGGCGACGCCAUGCAGCGCGUCGCCGCCGCCUUCGCGGAGGCGCUGGCCCGACGCGCGCUCCGUGCGUGGCCCGGCCUGUGCCGGGCUCUGCUCCUGCCCCGCGCCGGGCCCACGCCGGCUGAGGUCGCCGUCGCGCGGCGCCACUUCUUCGACCUCUGCCCGUUCCUCCGGCUCGCCGGGGCCGCUGCGAACCAGGCGAUUCUGGAGGCCAUGGAGUCGGAGAAGAUCGUGCACGUCAUCGACCUCGGCGGGGCCGACGCCACGCAGUGGCUCGAGCUGCUCCACCUCCUCGCCGCGCGGCCCGAGGGCCCGCCCCACUUCCGCCUCACCGCCGUGCACGAGCACAAGGACCUGCUCUCGCAGACGGCCAUGGCGCUCACCAAGGAGGCGGAGCGGCUGGACGUGCCGUUCCAGUUCAACCCGGUGGUCUCCCGGCUGGACGCGCUGGACGUGGAGUCCCUCCGCGUGAAGACCGGCGAGGCGCUGGCCAUCAGCUCCAGCCUGCAGCUCCACCGGCUGCUGGCCACCGACGACGACACCCCCGUCGCGGCCGCCGACAAGGAGAGAAGAAGAAGCAGCCCGGACUCCUCCGGGCUUCUCUCCCCGUCCACCUCCCGCGCGGACGCGUUCCUGGGGGCGCUGUGGGGGCUGUCGCCCAAGGUGAUGGUGGUGGCGGAGCAGGAGGCGAGCCACAACACGGCGGGGCUGACGGAGCGGUUCGUGGAGGCGCUCAACUACUACGCGGCGCUGUUCGACUGCCUGGAGGUGGGCGCGGCGCGCGGGUCCGUGGAGCGCGCGCGCGUCGAGCGGUGGCUCCUGGGGGAGGAGAUCAAGAACAUCGUGGCCUGCGACGGCGCGGAGCGGCGGGAGCGGCACGAGCGGCUGGACCGGUGGGCGGCGCGCAUGGAGGGCGCCGGCUUCGGCCGCGUCCCGCUCAGCUACUACGCGCUGCUGCAGGCCCGGCGGGCGGCGCAGGGGCUGGGGUGCGACGGCUUCAAGGUCCGCGAGGAGAAGGGCACCUUCUUCCUCUGCUGGCAGGACCGCGCCCUCUUCUCCGUCUCCGCAUGGCGCGGCCGCCGCUUCGACUGACCGCCGGCCGGCCGGCCGUCCGGAUUCGCUAUCACCGCCGCUACCACCUGGUAGUACCAUUAUCCAUGGACAUUAGCUAGCUAGCUAGGGGUUUCACAUCAAAAUUUCAUUUUUUCUUCUUCUUUUGAUUGUUUAUUUUGGUAGUAGUAGUAGGUUCGUUGGUUGUUGUUGUUGUGGACUGAACUUGGGGCAUGCAUAUGCAUGCGCUGCUGGUUUUAGACCGAACUUGCUGCAUGCAUACGCAUGCGCUGCGUGUCUGUUCUGCUGUUCAUAGUAGUGUCUCGUGUGUGUGUCUGUCUGUUCCGUUUUGGUUCGGAUUAGUGCAUAGGUUUUUAGCAAGAACGAUGAAGUGAUCUGCCGAUUGAUCAUCAUCGAUUGGAUCGCUUGGUUGUCUAUCUGUCUUUCCGUUGGAUCGAGUCGCGCCGAAGAGGGCAGGUUGCGUUUGGUGAAAAAGGGGAUAAACCCAGAUUCGACCA